AUGGAGCGCAAUUAUAGCGUGAGUGGCUUAACAGAUGACAUGUUUACAUGCCAACGUUCACCCUCGAAGACUGACAAGGAGUCUAUAAAACAGGUGAUAGAGUCGAAGGAUCUCCUCAGACCCUCCCACUUUGACUGGACUGAUGAGUCUGAGGAGCUGGAGGGGGUGGAGGAAGCGGAGGGACAGAGCGAGGGGAGCAUUGGAGAGGGGGAACUCGAAGAGACGAUGGCCUCGUUCUACGAUCUCGAGAGGCAGCCAAACAUUAGCUUAGGCGAGCCAGAGAACGAAUGGCCCGACUUCGGCGAGGUAAUGGUCCAAGAGACCACGUUACCAGAGCCAGACUACGAGGAGCUAAAAAGGGCCAGUAUGCAGGAGGACGUGAACCAGGAGUUCGCCUUCAGACAGGGCUGGAUGGAGGUCGCUGGUGAAUCCAUUCACCAUUUUAACUGGCUAGGUUCGCCUAGAUAUGAAUACUCUUCGACACCAGCCGCCAUCUCCUUACUCUUUCUUUUCGCGGCCCCUAAGAUCCCGGGACCAGGCGACGAAUGGCGCUUCAGUGCAAUCAUGCGCAGGGCCAUGCGACAUGUUGACCCUGUGGUACUAUACCCAGAGAACGGCCGCGAAGAUUUUCGCCCGAGAGGGUUUGGGCUUAUCCGAUGGGUGACCGGGCGAGUCUUCAAAUUCUAUAGCCCACAUGGAAACUGGCAGACAGACUCCGAUGAUAUCGCAGACGGUACCCACACGGACUCUGGGGAUGUCAACAUGUACAUGGGGAGUACGCUCCAGUUCAGGAAUGGGUACGUCCGCGACUACACGAUCAGGUCACGGGCUCAAUGGGGGGAUGAACAACAGCGACUCUACGCAGAGAAAUUUCCGGCCCCCAGCCAAACCCGGUCGUCAAAGAAGCCGUACAAGCCUUCACGUCUGAGGCAGUGCAUAUUGCCGGGUGACCUUGAGGACUCGGCUGAAGCGGAACCUAGCGUGAAACCUGAAAUCGACCGACUCGCCUCUCGAACCCCACGAAUGAGGAGAGCAUUCAGUGAAAGCACACCGGACCUGCUCGGCAGGCUGCACAGAGAGACAUCCGUACACGACUUCGAGUCUGGCUUGGAUGCCAUGAUCGAAACUACCAGCGGAGACAGCGAUAACGAUAGCAACGAUAGCAACGAUAGCGAUGAUGGUUUCCCAGAUAUAGGGGAAUUCGUCCAACUCAGCUAUGAAGAGUUUAAAGAUGCGGAGUGUCGCAGGAUGGACAUCAUAGAAAGGGCGGCGAUUGCGCCUGGCCUGGAGACUAUUCCCGAGGAGGAUGUAAAUGAUCUCAAGAACGAACCCCAGGAAGCCGGGGGAGCUGAUAUGACCGAUAAUAUCGAGCCGCCAAAAGACAACCAGGGAGACCAGAUGGUCGAGCAAGAGAAAGAAGACCAAAGCAUUGGCAUCGUCAUGCAAAACCAAAACAUUCAGAGCAACCUCGCGGUCGAGCAGGCUGGCGAAAAUGAUCAAAACAAUCACGACCACCACUGCCUGCGAACGAACCAACUAGUUGAAUACGGUCAACGCGGUCAAUACAAACACAAAAUUGGGACUCCCGAACAGGAGAAUAACGGCCAAGUCGGCCAGAACAAUCAAGUGGUCGAAAAACACAUAGACAUCCAAAACGAGCAGCUGGGUCAAAACGAUCAAAUUGCACAAAAUAUCGAAACUGUGGAACAGGUCAAAAGUGACCAAGACUACAACGGUGAAAUCGACCAAUUCGGAUCAAUCGAUACUACUGAUCAAAAACAAAAAGACCACCAGCACAUUUCUACCGGCACUCACACAAGAAGCGACAGCGAUAUUAUUUACUACAUCUCGAACGAGCCAAAAAGCGAAGCCGUCAACGUUCAGACAAUGGUCAACGAGCCUUUGAGCCCUCCCACUGACCAAAGCAACGAGAAGUGGAAGAAGAGGAUCAGCCAUAUCUCUCAAGAAGCGCGCAGUGCAUUACGACCCAAGGACGCCCGAUUCUUACCAGAAUCCAACUCUUCUGGGUCAUUUGAGUCAACUCCUUCACCCACAUCGAACUGCAAUCCUGAUCGACAACACAUUUCCCUCUUCCACACCGAAAUUCCUCGAGAUGGGGGCGAAAGCCCACAUAAAACUUCUUCGACGAAGGAGCUCGCUACAAAGGUCAAGCGCAUCUUGAGCAGAUCGUCCUCGGAGAAUGACACGGCUAGACCGAAGAAGCAAAGGAGGAUCACAUUUUCAGACCUCAUUUACGAAGGAAUCUGGGCCUUUGAGUCUUUUUCCAUGGUGAUGGCAUGA